GAAUCGGUAGGCCUCAGUGGUUUCCCACAUUUGCCCCUACUUAUCCUCCCUCUCUACCUCCCUAUCUAUUUAAUGCUCCGUCUCCUACCUGUGGCCACCGUUCUCUUCAUUUUCUUCUUUCUCGUGGGGUGGGGAAAAAAUGGCUCAGGAUGAAGUGAUACUGUUGGAUUUCUGGCCAAGCAUGUUCGGGAUGAGGGUCAGAAUCGCCCUGGCGGAGAAGGAGAUCAAGCACCAGUACAGGGACGAGGACCUCCGGAACAAGAGCGAUCUGCUUCUCAAGAUGAACCCGGUUCACAAGAAGAUUCCGGUUCUCGUCCACAACGGCAAGCCCGUCUGCGAAUCAACGAUCAUAGUGGAGUACAUUGACGAGGUUUGGAAGGGCAAGUCCCAGCUGCUCCCUUCUGAUCCCUACGAGAAAUCCCAGGCUAGAUUCUGGGCUGACUUCAUUGACAAGAAGAUUUAUGAGUCUAGCAGGAAGACAUGGACUGCAAAGGGGGACGAGGAACAGGAAUCGGCCAACAAGGAGUUCAUAGGACACCUGAAGGUGCUGGAAGGAGAACUGGGAGAGAAGACAUACUUUGGGGGAGACAGGUUUGGGUUUGUUGAUGUUUCUCUCGUAGGAUUCUACAGCUGGUUCCAUGUCUUUGAGACCUUUGGCAAGUUCAGCAUUGAGGCAGAGUGCCCCAAGCUGGUUUCUUGGGCCAAGAGGUGCAUGGAGAGGGAGAGUGUCUCCAAGUCUGUCCCUCAUCCUCACAAGGUCCUUGAGUUUGCCCAGAUGUUGAAGGAGAAGUUUGCCUCUGCUUAAGCAUUACAGUUGUACUCAUCAACUUCUACUGCUGUUUCAUUUCCUCAAUAAAGUCGAGCAUGAUCUUGAUGAUGUGUUUGGUUUUGAUGUUGUUGCCUUGUUGGCUUUUUAUGUGGUGGCUAUUAACCUGCUCUUGUAAAUGUUGUCCUUUCUGUAGCAAAGACACUUUGAAUGUGUGUCUGAUCUGCUGCUUGGGUUGGAUUAACAAAUGUUGUUAAAUAAAAUUGUGUUUAGUUG